AUGGGUUAUACGGUUCCCCAUCCCCAUCCCCGCGCCCCCCCACCCCCGAGCCGUUCGAAUGUAUGCCCCCCAUCCUCACGAGAACCCUCGGCUUCGGCGGAGUCAUCUCAUAACCGACGUAUUUCACCUCCGGAUCUGCUGAAAUCCUUGUUUAUCGCCCCAGAUCCAACGCACACGAUCCACUCGCCCGAGGGCCCCACCCACGAGGGGCUGAUCAUUCGCUCGCUUUCGGUUUCGCAUUUGGUGCAAUCGACCUCGUCGAUAUCGCCAGGCCACACCUCCCUUGGCCGGGAGGAGCCCCCUCAGCUCCUGCCCUCCUCGCUGACGAAUUUGCCGCCUCAAAAACGCCUUUCCAGGCCGGAUGCCCUCGCACCCUCCACCCCUCACCUGAGCUUCACCCCCACCCGCGUCGUCGAAGAAGCCGAAGGGCGGGAGGGCGCCGCGAUCAUUCCCCCUCCUCCUCCUCUCCCGAUUCGAGCCUCCCCGCCUUUUAUGUUCUUCCCCACCUUCAAACGCUUCACCGAGCUUCAAAUCGAAAUCAAGAACAACUUCCCGCGGGAUCCGGCGACGUCGCUGUCGAGCCGUGCGGUCGCGGCGGCGGAGAAGGGAAAUCCCCGGCGCGGAAUCCGCAAACCCGCGCGAACGCUAUGCUCCUCAAAGGUUCAUUUGGCGUCUCGGCUUGGGGAACUGGCGGGGUAUAUCCCGCAGGGGUACCCUGCGAAUUUGCCCGCCAAGAGGGCGGAUCCGGCGAAUAGUCAGGAUUUACUCGCCAAAGGGUGUGGUCUAAAGGCCUCACCGGAGUCGGGGAAGGAUGCCCCGUUGACGACCUCCCCCAAUGCGAAUCCGGCGGUUCGCGAUUUAGCGCGCCUCGGCCGUCAGGUGGUGCAUCUUGAAGGCUUUAAUCAACGCUAUCAGCCCCGUGGGUUGAUGGCGUUGCUGCGAAAACGCACGCGAUCGAUGCGGGAGCAGCGGCGAAGGUCUCUUUCGCGGAAGCCGUCGUCCUCCUCUCCUCCUACCAAUGGGUUGAGUAUUAUCAAGCCGUAUUACUUCCUGGAUGUGCGGCAGACGACGACUUCGUUGCCGAUGCUUCGUCGGAUGUUGCACUGGCGCCGCACCCACGCGUCGACGCCGUUGAGCGGGAAGAAGAAAGACUCCAACAUGCGAUGGGGGGGGAGUUGGAGGAAACGAGAGGAGGAUUAG